AUGAGCUUUACAUCAUCUUUUUGUAAUCCUCCAGCUGGAAAAGAAAAGAAGAAGAGUCGAGGGGAGGCCAAAACACCGUCGCCCUUCGACAUCAACAACUAUCGCCUUCUGAAAAAACUGGGAGAAGGCACCUUUGGCAAGGUGAUGUUGGCAUCUUAUGUCACCAAAAACCAACUGGUGGCAAUAAAGAUCAUGAGUAAAGAUGGAGAGCAGGACGACUUUAAAUACACCAGGAGAGAGGCGUCGGUGCUGCAGCUUGCCUGGAGGUGCCCGUUUCUAUGCAAGGCAAUGGCAACCUUCCAGACUCAGUCACUCAUAGUGCUGGUGAUGGAGUACAUGAGUGGCGGCACACUGCAGGACCUCCUAAACACCAGAGGGCGCCUGAAUAGGGACCAACUACUGUAAGUAACGCUACUUGGGACAUACCAACUACUGUAAGUAACACACUACUUGGGACA